AUGCAAUAGAUAAAAAGGAAUAUUAAAUUAAAUUAAUAAUAUACAGAGGCAGAAAGGUACGAUCAGAACUUGAAAUCAAUCAGCAGAAACACAUGGUGGCAUGAAUCAAAAUCUAAAUAUGACAAAGUCAAUGAAUUGAAAUUCAUGAAUAAAGUGUAACGUGCAAUCUAUUAAUUUGUCUAGCUAUUCUAAAGAAGUCGAAAAUGCCUAUUAAGAAUUGAAGAAAAGAAGAAAUUGCAUGCUCAAAGAUCUUUACGAAUAAGAAGCACGAGAAUGGGAAUAAGAACUCAGAUCCAGAGGAUUAGCAAUCUACAAAAACAAAUUAUGAAUUAUCAAAAUAUAUAUUUAUCAUAUUCAAAUCCAAUAUAUUUUUUCAAUUCUCUUUGGGUUAAUGAAAUACUUACAAAAAUCCAUUUCUCACUUGAUUUUAAAUCUCUCUAAAUCUGUGUUUAAUCCCUCUUUUAUGAGGAUGUCUAAACAAUAAUUUCAUAAUUUCCAGAAAUGAUCUUAUUAAAGUUUGAAUUACCUUACUAAAUAGAAUUGAUAAUUUAAAUUAAAGACAUUUAAUUGAAACUUGGGGAAUAAUAUUUAUUAAUUCUCUUUUUGAAUUAAGAUUUUAAUGGAUAUUAUAUAUCAGAUAAUUUAUUAAAAAAGUAUUUAAUGAGGAAAAAUAUAAAUAAGUCCAGAACUUACUCGAAGAUAUCUGAAGCUUAGAAAAAAAAACUCUUGAAUUUAGUUUGCUUUUUUGGAUUAAAAAUAAAGGACGCAGCUAAAUAAUUGAAUAUUAAGUAUGCCGCAGCCAAAACAUAUAUGAUUUUCCAUAGAAAAAAUGUUAUGAUGUCUAAACAUUCAAACAAUUCGGAAUAGGAAUGUUAGAUUGCACCACUUUCAUUAAAAAAGUGCAAAUUGACUAUUAUAUCGAAAAUAGGUGGAGAAGUGGUUAAAUAACAUUAAUUUGAAUACCCUAUGAUCAAAUAAGGAUGA